AAAUGGACGACGAUACGGACAUCUUUGACAUCGACCCACGCGAAGUGUGGCUGGAAAAGGAGGCCAUUGGGGGCUUUCGAGUGUGGCACAUUAUAGCUGCCGUUCUUGGAAUUUUAAUGCUAAUUAUGAUUAUGGUCUGUUGCUGCAUUCGCUUCCGGAUUCCGCGCACCAAACAGGAAAUCGAGGCGGACUAUCAGCGGAAACAGAUCACUAAGAAGUUCCGUGAAAAGCUGCAACAGAUCAAGAACUCCGAAAUGGACGACAUGGAUCUGCAGAAGGUUUGUGCCCGCAUCCAAAGCGAUUAUCUGAAUUUUCAGGCCAGCAUGGAGAGCAUGAAUGAAAAGCAGAAUGUUAAGUUUAAGAUCUAAAAGUGCCUCCUUAAAAUGUGUUUGAUGCGUAACUGUUAAAGUAUUGUGCUGCGGAGAUUGUAUCCUUAAGCGAAUUGUUAGUAACCUAAUUUUUUAGUCUACACAAUAAAAGUUAAUAAAUAAAAAUAUCUAAAAGUA